CUGUCAAAACUCGUUCGCGCACAUGCGAAAUUUGUUUAUUUUUAUUUAUUCAUACUGUGUUUAUUGAAUCGGUCGAUUACCCGGAUUAAAUCCUUCCCAUCCGCCGGAGACAUGGCCAAUAAGCAGCACCGCAAACAAAAUAAUGGUCACCGUGUUAAAGGCAAAGGUAAGCAGUACCUUUCGGUCGCCGUCAAAAAACAACGACGCAAGGAACGAGCCCAACGGCCACCGGUUUCCCGUUUCAAGAAGAACCUGAGGCACAUCGAGCGCAGUAAGGAAGCAAAUGAGGCAUUGAAACGGCAGCAGGAAGCAGAACGCAAGUAUAAGACCAAAAUGAAUGGACCAGCGCUAGAGCAGGAAUUAGCCUCCAGUGAAAGCGAGGGCGAAGAAGCCGAACAGGAAGAUCACUUCGAGCUGCUGGUGAAGACGUUAAACAGCGGUCGUAAAGGAGCCGCUCGAAGGGAAGAGGCUAUCGAGAGUGAGGAAAGUGAGACCGAAAGUGAUGAGGAAGAGGAUGAUCCGAACGAACAGGAAAUGAUGGUUGGUUCCGAUGCAGAGAGUGAGUCCGGAACUGACGAAGAAAUGGAUGACGAAGUUGAGGAUGAACCGGAAACGGAAGACCCUUUUUUGGCUUUCGUCAGCCAUUGCUUUAGCCCUCAGAUGUUAGAGUCUCUUUCGGCUAAUCCGCCAAUUGUGCACCGAGCUACGAUUAACUUUAAGCGGAUUGGACAUCUUAUAGUAGAGAUUCCCAAAGAUCGCAUUACGGAAGCAAAGAGUACUGCCAUUUUGUCUGAUGACGAAGUUUACGCUUCCGAAGGAACGAUUCCAGAAGCUAUGGAUGUGAAAAAGUUGGAUCUAAAAAAGUUGUACUUGAAAGAACGGAUUCAGCGACAUUUGGAAGAACCGUUUUUCACAGGUCUUCAAGCGGAGAUUUUUUCGGUGUUAAACAAUUAUCAGGAUCUGUAUUAUCCUGCAAGGACUAUUUCUAAUGGAGAUGAAAUUCGUUUCGUAUAUUGCCUUCACGCUUUGAAUCACAUCAUUAAGACAACCUCGAAGAUAUUGCACCACAAUUUGAAACUAGCCGAGUUGGUCAGUAGUAAGAAACAGAAAAAGAAGGAAAAUAAACUAGCCAGCGUCGUUCCGGAAUUUCGAGAUCAAGGACUGGUUCGCCCUAAGGUACUGAUUGUUGUACCAUUUCGCAGUUCCGCGUUGAAAGUUGUCGAAACCUUGAAGCAGUUGUUUGCCGGAGAUGACUCAAAAGCAAUUACAAACUACAAGCGCUUCCAGGCGGAGUACGGAGGAGAAACGUUAUACUUUCCUAAGCACAAUCCAAAGCCGGAGGAUUAUGAGCAGACGUUUGGUGGAAACACGGAUGAUAAUUUUCGAAUUGGCAUUUCGUUUAGCAAGAGUUCGAUGAAGCUGUACACCAAAUACUACAAUUCGGAUCUGAUCUUGGCAUCUCCGCUGGGACUGCGAAUGACAAUCGGUGCUGAAGGCGAAUCUCAAAGAGAUUAUGACUUUUUAUCGUCAAUUGAGAUGUUGAUUUUGGAUCAAACGGAGAUUUGCCUGGCGCAAAAUUGGGAUCAUGUCAACCAUUUAAUGGAUCACCUUCACCUGCAACCACAAAGUACGGAACACACGGAUUUUUCCCGGGUUCGCUACUGGUGCCUUAAUGGAUGGUCUCGCUUUUAUCGCCAGACGUUGAUAUUUUCGUCUCUCGAUUUGCCCGAAUUUCGUUCAAUUUUCAACAACAAAUGUGCCAAUUAUCGAGGAAAAGUUCGUGUUGCAAAUCCUGUAAAAAAUGGAUCUAUCCGCCAUGUCGUCAUCCAAGUACCGCAAACUUUCCACCGCAUCGAGGUAAGCUCAUUGGAGCAAUCAUUUGAUGCCAAGUUCCACCACUUUACAACCGUUCUGCUAUCCCAGCUUCGUUCUAUCACGAUGGCUCGCUGUCUGAUUUAUGUACCAUCUUACUUCGACUACGUACGCCUACGAAACUACUUUAAAGAGGAAGAAAUUAGCUUUGUUCAAAUUUGCGAGUACUCAAAAGAUGCCAAAAUAGCUCGAGCUCGGGAUAUGUUCUUCCAUGGAAGCAGUCAUUUUAUGCUCUACUCCGAACGCUCGCACUUCUUUCGACGGCCGCGAAUCAAGGGCAUCCGACAUCUGGUGUUUUAUCAGCUACCAACCUACCCGCAGUUUUACGCUGAAAUGAUCAACUUGAUGGCUAAUGAGUAUCAAAAUCGAAAGGACGGGGUCGACGCAAGUACCAUGACGACGACGGUACUGUAUACGAAGUACGACCUUCUUCGGCUUUCGGCUAUUGUAGGAACCGAACAGGCUUCUAAAAUCGCGGGAAGUGCCAAAGCGGCGCAUACAUUUACCACGCAAAAGUAAUAAAAUAUAAAGUCUACAAUUAAAUUUCAUCUACUUUAUUUGUCGUUCGAACAUCACCAAUUCAUUCCCAUUUCUUUGAAAUAUCAAUGUACUCUCCGUCGGGCAUUUCGUACCCGCU